AUGGCCGACUUUCGACAGCUUGCGCUCGAGUUUGUCCUCGCCGAUGACGAAGCCAAGCAGAGCUCCUUCGCCAAGCAGGCCGCGCAAGGCAAAACUCCAAACCGCCGCUCCCGCCACAAACCCCGUCGCCCGCUGGCUUUGGAAUUUCUGUCACAAACCCUCGAGUAUGUCGCCUAUGACGUUUUAAAGGCUAGCCAAGUGAAACUCUUGGUUGGCUUCUUCGGUGCCAUGUUUGAUGUCGAUCAUAAGGCGGGCGUUUUGCCGUCUGCUUCCGCCCUCUCCAAAAUCGUCGCCAUGAAGUCGUUCCAGCCCUCGACCGGUCUCGAAAUCAUCCAAAAAGUCUGCGCACUUAAAGAGGACUUCUCCCGCCAAAUAGCAAAUACUCGACUAGCAGUAUACGAACUGUUACGCUCACUCAUCUCGCAUAAUGAUGUCGCCUCCAACAUCAAACGCCGUGACGAUUCUGCUGGCUUCAUUGUUGAGCUGAUUGACCUCUGCCGCAGCGAGCGCGACCCCGACUGCCUGCUCGUCUGGUUCGAUAUCCUCUAUAUAUACAUGCUGCAAUAUUCUCCCGAAAAGGAUGUCCUGGAGCGUGUGUACGGUAGCUUCAAGGCCUACUUCCCAAUCACCCUACCGCGAACCGCGCAGAGCAAGGUUACCCCAGAAGAACUCAAAUCCCAGCUGCGCAAAUGUUUCUCGGCACACCAUGCGCUCGCAGAACAUACCAUUCCAUUCCUAGUUGGAAAGCUGGAUCAAGGAGAUGGUGUCACUGUCAAUGUUAAAGUCGACGUGUUGCGGACCCUCAAGGCGUGUCUGGAGCAAUACGAGGACCCCAAGCAGUCUGUCGUGCCCUUCGCUAACCGUAUAUGGGGCAGCCUCAAGUACGAAGUUCGCAAUGGAGAAAUUGAAGAUACAAUUUGGGCCACUCUCGAAGCUCUCAAGGCUCUUACAACCCGCUUAAGCGGAGACGACUUGCGCGACUUUACCCUCAACGUCACCCGUGACUGCGUCAGCGACCUCUCGAAUGCCAUGUAUGCUGGCGCGGCGGGCCGACUUCUCGUCGCUAUCCUCAGCGCUUCACCAGGUGCCUUCGUUCUUAUGGUCGCGCCGGCUAUCACACACAUCAAGGAGAACUUGCGCCACCCCAAGUCGGAGUCGCAUAGUUGCGAUCUGCUCAGACUUCUUAGAGUCAUUCUGGAGACUCGCAUAUUACUCAUGAAACACACCAUUUCGUCCGAAGAACUCUCUGAUUUUGUUUCUAUCGACUCUGUCUUCAAGACCCUUUAUAGCGGUGUCUUCAGGACCCCGUUGAUGGCUGCUAAGAACGCGAACGCCUCUCAAGAAGAUCUCAAAGUCGGUGCGGAAACAGUUCAAGGCGCUGCUGUACUCCUCUGCCAGCGGGCCUCCGUAGCUGUUGGUGGCACAGCUGAAAGCCCGCGACUACUUUCAGAUGACGACUGCGCUGAAAUAUGCGACUCGCUAUUCGAGAUUUCCGUACGACACUCGCAAGACCCCCGGCAGCACCCUUCCGCGUCCGAUGAGCUCGUCAACGAGACGGUCAAGUCUCUUCAGCGCAUUGUUCUGGAUCUGCCAUCCGCCUUCACUAGCCUGCUGCAAAAGGGGACGACCAUCAUCCAUGAUGCUUGGACUGCACAGGGUAUGGAUGCUGCGAAAACAAUUCAAGAUUUGGGGUCAAUGCUGGCAUAUGUCGGUUGCUCUGAACUGCCGUCCUCGGCCUCGCCGGGUCUUACACAUUUUGUUACGCUUAUUUGUGCUCUAACGAACGAGCUCUUGGCUUCUGUUGCUGCCAAGGCUGAUAACAAGCUCUGGUGCUCGUUGGUUGCCGGUAUCCAGUCAGCGUGCCGCUACUUCAACGAUGCCUGCUUCAAACAAGACUUGGAUCGCAACCAGCUGCGUGUUUCCACUACAUGGCUCAGUGACAUCACAAACCUGCACCCUGAACUGAAGAGUGUGGGUUACCCUGAUGCAAGCCAUGAAGUAGAUAUGCUCAAGUCUAGCACUGUGAAGGCCAUGGCUGAUGUUUACGGCGAGUUUCUUCUUAUCACGCUAUUCAUUGUCAGAACUCUGUACCGCAAGGCGGCCCAUACGACAGGCAAUGUCGGGAAUGAGAGCAUAGUACUGAGCGACGACUUCCCUCGGGGCGACCAGUUUUCCGCGUCGCAAUAUCUGUACCUAAUAUCCAGCCUUGCGAGCUUUGUGACGCACAAGUUCACUGAGACGCAGCAGGCAGCACUAGCUGCCGAGACAUGGGCUAUCAACCUAUUUCAGGACGGUUACGCAACCACACCUAGCUCCUGGAAAUGGCUUGUUAACGGCCGUGUAAACUCGUUGACAUUUGGCAUCGUCGAGGCUUUGCACCCACCCCGCGUCGCCAAGCUGUUCGAUGGUGACAUUGGGCAACAAAUGCUUGUCGCCAUCAUCUCAAGUACAGAGCGAGAUAACAGCGCCACAGCUACCGCUGUCUCCAAGUCCAUCUUGAGCAUACUUGCCAACAAAUACACUUUGGAGACGGCCGAGCCAGUGCUAGAUGCAAUCAACACACAACUAGCCAACGCACUUCUAAACUCAGAGGAAUCAUCCAUCAACAAGGCUAUCCCGAUUCUUGCGAUUGCGGCUGGCCUCUUGCGCCGAUACAAUGGAAAGCAAACGCAGCGCCUAGUUGAACUUAUUCGUGACAGCCCCAAGAACAAAGUCAUUGGCUAUCAAAUAGCUCGCCGACUUGAACUCAUUGCUGCUCCGCAGAGCUUCCUUUCCAAAGACGCCUAUGCAGUUGUCAAGCCGCUCUGGCUACAGAAGCUUUAUAUGCAGAUGGCUCAGCCGAUGCUCCAAUGUGCCUUGUCCACAGGCCAGUCCCCUUACGAUAAUCUAGCCAAGACCAGCUUUGGCCUGGGCGUGCUGAUGCUCGUCAAGCAUAUGCCCUACUCCAUAUACGAGGAUGACGUCGAGCAGCUGCUGCGCGUUGCCAUUUCUGUCGCCCAAACAGUCGGUCUCGGCACGGACACGCUCGCCUCUCUGGACGUGCUCAAGACGGCGCUGACAGAGGCGCCGGAGAAAUCGCAGGACCACGUCCGCAGCAUCAUCGGCAUCUGCACCAGCACCUUUGCCGUCGACGCGGCGCCCAAGCCCAAGCCCGAGUGGGUGCCAGAGGCCGUCGCCGCGCCGUCGCGGGACCCGGAGACGCUGGCGCGCUGCGGCAAGGCCGGGCUGCAGAUCCUCGGCGGCCUGCCGCGGCUGCUCGAUUCGCGCCACCUGUUGGCCUAUGUGCCCCAGGUAGAACGGCAUCUCGCGGCGGCUUGCGGUCACAGAAGCCGUGACGUGCGCGCGUCUGCUCGCGCGGCCCGCGUCGCCUGGGGAGAAGUCAAAUAA